AGAAAAAGAAGAAAUUUUUGAGGUUAGUAGUUCAUUAAAUUUUAAUUAAUAAAAAUGACUCUGAGAAUUACUAGUUUAUUAGGGUUGCGAAUAUUAAAGGACGUACAUUAUGGUUUCUUAGCAGCAAGUCCUGAUACUGCAAAUUUAGAAAUAGUUAGAUAUAGGAUAACAAAACAUUGGAACCCAAAGUGGAAACUACUUCGCCGAGUUAAAGUAAUGCCUAUAGAUUUACCGAAAUUUCACGAAAAAGUGGAAGAUUUAUCAGAAGACGAAAUUGCAAAAAGAUUAAAAAAACAGGGAAUAUUACCGACUAGAUCUUGGGUGGAAAGACAAUUUUUUAUACAUUCAACGGGUGCUGUAUUUGAACCGUACGUUCCGCCCGAAGGAGAUGGAAAAGUGUCUCCAGUAUCUAAACAAGGAGCGAUGCAAAGCUUACGUUUUUUAGAAAAAAAAUCAAAAACGAUGAUGGCGAUUAGAAAAGUUCGCCAAUUCGAAGAAGAAUUCGAUACUCCGCAGUUUUGUAAACAAGCUUCACAAAUUUAUAUAAAAAUGCAUGAAAUGUUAGCUGCGCAAGAUAAAGAAAACAUAAUCGAUGUUAUAACUGAAAGAGCGUAUCCCGAAGUUAUGCACAACGUUCAAAAUAAAACGAUCCGAUGGAAAUUUAUUAAAGAUAUAGAACUACCGAGAGUGGUACAAGCUAGAUGUACUGAAGUUAUCACGAAGGAAAAUAUAUUUGCACAAAUCACCGUCAGGUUCCAUACCCAACAGACGUUGGCGAUUUAUGAUAGAUUCGGAAGAUUAAUGCACGGCAGUGAAAUAAUCGCUAAAGACGUACUUGAAUAUGUAGUUUUUGAAAAGCAUCUAUCGAAUCAAUACGGUGUAUGGAGAAUACACGCGAAAAUAAUUCCAGAUUGGUUACCGCCCAAAGAACCGUCACUUUUGACAUACAAGAAGCAUAAAGAACCAGAAGAAAAGAAAAAUGAAACUAAAGAAAAAACAGUUUCAGAAGUUAAAACUAUCGAACAAAGUAAAGAGGAAAAACUCGCUUUAGCUUAAAUUUUCGUUAUUUCAUGCUUUUAUUUGUAAUAAAAGAGUAUUAAGUAUUUAUUAAGUAGUUUUUAUAAGAAAAUAAUAUGCUUCAAUUUAUUUAUGAAGCAGACAGAAAUCUUGACAUUUCACGACAAGGAGUAGUUUACCAAACCAUCAGAUCAACUGCAUUGAUUUUACUGUCUGAAGAUGUAUUAGACAACAUAGAAACAAAGUUUCAAAAAUAUGUAAAUAGUUCAUCAACAUAGAUCUUGAAGACAUUUUGAAGUGGAUUUGAAGCUAGCUGCUCUUGCAGAUCAAGAUUUUGUCCUGUCUGAACAUAAAAUAUCACCAUAACUGUAAAAUCGCUUGCUAGGUGUUGAGGUUGAGAGGAAUAUGUCCUGGCAUAGUCUCAAAAGCCCUCUUCAAGACCAAAAGGCUCGCCCAUUUGGAGCUCGAUUCCAAAGCAUACCCUGAGGAUGCUCAAUUCAAUACAGGAAGGACUUAUAGGCGAUCCAGAAACUUGACAGCUUAGAGCAUAGAAGAAAUGUAGCUGAUCUAAUUUUGUUUCACAGAUAUUACCACGGUAGUUGCUCUUGUCCAACCUAAUCGCUCCUAGAGCAGUAUUUGCAAGACCGACUUCGCUGGCAGACACCCAGAAUGUCUAUUUAUCGAAACUCUUUUCUUGCCUCACCGGCAGUACAACCAGGGAAAAAGUAACAUCUCUUCAUGUUCACUAAGCUUCACAAUCAGGGAAGUAGAGGCAAGGACAUCUCCAGCAGUACAACCAGAAAUUGAAAACAUACUCAAACAUCUACAGAACUAUAACUUGGAGUAACCAGCUUAGAAGAAAUGAAAACAUGGCUAUGAAGGUAAUUUGAAACCCCAUGUUGCAAUUUAUAUUUCGAUAGGGGAUAGAUUCUAUGAAAAAAACUUUCCAUAAGUAAUGAGAAAACAGGACAAAGUAUUGUUUGAAAGAGUAAUUGGGAUAGGGAGAUAUGUGCAUGUAACAAAUCAUUCUGGAAGCUUGGGAAACACCCCAGCUUUUUUGUAAUAAAUGAUUCAGUGUAUUAGAAUAUUAAGGAUACAAGGGAUUGGAAGGAAAUGAAAUACCCAAUAAAUUAGCAAAAAAGGAGCUGAAUAACUUUGUAGGAACCGGAAUGCUACUUUAUUGGAAGAAAUUAUUGAGACAACAAAAAUAAGUGAAAAUACUACUAGAAAACAAUGAUAAUAAGAGAUCGGAAGGAAGUAUUAGCCAUCAAUAAAUUCAAACCGGUGGGAAAAUACGAUUACAAAUUCUGUGGGUUAAAAUAACACAAGUACCUAAUCUAAUGGUUGUUAUAGAUUGAACUGUACCCUGGAGAUUAGUUCCAAGAUACCCUGAAUACAUCUCAGAGAAUCGCUAUCAUCAAU